AUGAUGGCUCUCACAAUAGUUCUAACAACAAGCGGUCAAAAGCCUUCCAGAGCCUCUUUCAUUUCAGACGGAUUCGAAGCAGGAGGGGAAGAAGAAGAGCGAUUAAUCUCGAAACUUGUGCAGGUUAGUCUUGGAACACAAAAAUUUGCUGGUAGGCCAAGGCAUUUUGUAUCAGCAUGGAUGAGUGUCACAUCAGACCAAAAUGUACUGAACAUUGUACAGCAUUGCCAUUUAGAGAUUUGCAAUCUAACUCAACCGAGGCCUCGGCCUCAAAUUCAGUUUGAUCCCAAAGAGAGAGAAACAAUUACUUAAGAAAUUGCUCUCCUGCUUGAAUUGGGCGUUAUUGAACCUGCUGUACACACUCAAGAUGAAUACUUUUCCACUAUUUUUGUUAGGAAAAAGAAACAGCGGCCAAAACCGCAUAUUGAGAAACACCAUUUCGAAAUGGAUACCCUUUUGUCAGCUGUACGACUCAUGACUCCAAAUUGUUUCAUGGCAUCAGUCGACCUAAAAGAUGCUUAUUACGCAGUCCCUAUUGCUGAAGAACACCUACAAUAUCAUAGGGUCGUCUCUAUCAAUACACAUGUAUACCAAAUGGGCUUUCAUCCACCCCUAGGUGUUUACUAAGCUACUGAAACCAGUGUACUCCACGUUGAGACAGAAAGGUCACCUGAAUGCCGGUUACAUAGACGAUUCGUACCUUUAGGGUUAAGACACCAAUGAAUGACUGAUCAAUAUCUCUGAUACACAAACAUUGUUUACAAGUUUGAGAUAUGUGAUUACUGCGGAGAAAUCACCUGUCAUACCAGAACAGCGAAUAACAGGUUUUGGCUUUGUCCUUGACUCAGUGUCAAUGACGAUUACCCUCACUGAUGAGAAUAAAGCUAAAGUGAAAGCCAGUUGCCAAGCAAUGCAACAUAAACAUGAAACUACUGUCACAGGCCCCACAAGCUACACCCCUUAAGAAAGAAACUGACUAUGGUGGCAUGUCUCCUGUCUGGCGAUCUAACCAGGAUAGAGGUUUUCAGAGGUAGCUGCCAGACUCAUCAUGGCUUCCUGGCGUAACGGAUCAAAGAAACAGUACAGUGCCUUCAACACAAAAUGGCAAAACGUUUGUAAACAGAGGCAAGUCAAUUACAUUCAACCAUCUUUGCCUGUCCUUGACUUCCUUACAACACUAUACGUUCAAGGCCUCGCAUACACUGUCAUCAACACUGCCAGAAGUGCCUUGUCCAGUUAUAUUACAUUAGAGGAUGGGAAAUGUGUAGGAAAACACGCAUUAUUGUCCAGGCUGAUGAAAAGCAUUUACCAGGAAAAACCUCAAAUACCGACGUACACGGAAAUUUAAGAUGUGUCUAUUGUUCUUUCAUAUCUUCAAUCCCUAUCCCUCGUGGAUACAUUGCCGCUGAAGGAACUUACGCUGGAACUUGUUGUGUUGAUUUUAUUAGUGUCGAGCCAAAGAGAUCAGACCGCACUUCCGGAAAUAUAGAUCGCAUGGUUUUUGUGAAUAAUUACAUUUUUCAGCUUGUUGAACAUUUGGAACAAAACAGACCAGUGGUCAAGAACCCACUUGUUAAACUUAAAGCAUUUGAUGAUAAAACUCUGUGUGUUGUCACCACGUUGAAGGAAUAUCCGACAAGGACACACUGA